AUGUCGGUCACAUUAAAGACAACUCACGGGGACCUCAAGGCGGAGCUCUUCUGCCAGCAGACGCCUAGGACCUGCAAAAACUUUUUGGCGCUCUGUGCCUCUAACGCGUACGACGGUUGCAUCUUUACAAGAAACAUAAAGGGCUUCGCGGUGCAGACAGGUGACCCCACAAACACCGGGAAAGGAGGCGAGUCCAUUUACGGCGGUUUUUUUGAAGACGAAUUCGUCUCCUCUCUCAAGCAUGACCGCCGAGGCGUGCUGUCCAUGGCCAACCAGGGGGCUCCCAACACUAAUGGCUCACAGUUUUUCAUCACGUAUUCACGGCAGCCACACUUGAACGGGGUAUAUACGGUGUUUGGAAGACUGAUUGACGGCAUGGACACCUUGGAUAAGAUAGAGAAAGAACCCGUGGGAAAGAAAAAUCGUCCUAUCAACGAAAUAAAGAUUCUCAGUGUCGUCAUACACGCAAAUCCAAUCGCAGACGCUGAACAGCUGUAG